GAUAUUUCCAUGGAAAUGUCAGAGCACCCAGAGGGACUUAUGGAACAUCUUCAAGUUGUGGGGGUGGACAAUGCUCUGUUGUGAUUUCCUGGCACAUCAUGGAACCGACUGCUGGACUUACCAUUAUUCUGAAAAACCCAUGAACUGGCAAAGGGCUAGAAGAUUCUGCCGAGACAAUUACACAGAUUUAGUUGCCAUACAAAACAAGGCGGAAAUUGAGUAUCUGGAGAAGACUCUGCCUUUCAGUCGUUCUUACUACUGGAUAGGAAUCCGGAAGAUAGGAGGAAUAUGGACGUGGGUGGGAACCAACAAAUCUCUCACUGAAGAAGCAGAGAACUGGGGAGAUGGUGAGCCCAACAACAAGAAGAACAAGGAGGACUGCGUGGAGAUCUAUAUCAAGAGAAACAAAGAUGCAGGCAAAUGGAACGAUGACGCCUGCCACAAACUAAAGGCAGCCCUCUGUUACACAGCUUCUUGCCAGCCCUGGUCAUGCAGUGGCCAUGGAGAAUGUGUAGAAAUCAUCAAUAAUUACACCUGCAACUGUGAUGUGGGGUACUAUGGGCCCCAGUGUCAGUUUGUGAUUCAGUGUGAGCCUUUGGAGGCCCCGGAGCUGGGUACCAUGGACUGUACUCACCCUUUGGGAAACUUCAGCUUCAGCUCACAGUGUGCCUUCAGCUGCUCUGAGGGAACAAACUUAACUGGGAUUGAAGAAACCACUUGUGGACCAUUUGGAAACUGGUCAUCUCCAGAACCGACCUGUCAAGUGAUUCAGUGUGAGCCUCUAUCAGCACCAGAUUUGGGGAUCAUGAACUGUAGCCAUCCCCUGGCCAGCUUCAGCUUUACCUCUGCAUGUACCUUCAUCUGCUCAGAAGGAACUGAGUUAAUUGGGAAGAAGAAAACCAUUUGUGAAUCAUCUGGAAUCUGGUCAAAUCCUAGUCCAAUAUGUCAAAAAUUGGACAAAAGUUUCUCAAUGAUUAAGGAGGGUGAUUAUAACCCCCUCUUCAUUCCAGUGGCAGUCAUGGUUACUGCAUUCUCUGGGUUGGCAUUUAUCAUUUGGCUGGCAAGGAGAUUAAAAAAAGGCAAGAAAUCCAAGAGAAGUAUGGAUGACCCAUAUUAA